ACUGUAUUCGAAAUUGCAAAUGUGCGUGUUUACAAAAAUAUUUUACGAUUUCAUUCGAUAAUUUUUGCAAUUUUCAGUCAUUUUUGAUUUGCUUUGAAUUUUGUGAUGAAAGUAUAAUUACAUUAAAUUAAUUUAAAGCAUUAUUAGAAAUGAAGAUCACAUCCAUUACUGAGAGAGAAUUUAUAACUUCUAUAAUAUUAAAGAAUAAGCGGUUAGAUGGACGACAUUUAGUGGACGGUAGAACUCUGAACAUUAAAUUUCUCAAAGAAUGGGGUGGAUGCAUUGUUUACUUGGGCAAUACAGUAGUUUUGUCUCAAGUUACGGCAGAAGUAACUGAGCCAAAAGCAUCCAGUCCAACUGAAGGAGCACUUCAAGUGAACUUCGAAGUUUCACCCAUGUCCGCUCCUGAUGUAAAUUUAUCACGAUCUUCAAAUGAAUUUGUGGAAUUGCAGAGAUCUUUGGAAAGAUGUAUUCGAGACAGUAAAUGCAUAGAUUUGGAAUCUCUGUGUAUAGUUGCUGGUAUAAAAGUAUGGACAAUCAAAGUGGAUAUUCGUGCAAUGAAUGAUGAUGGAAAUCUUUUAGAGUGUGGGAGCAUUGCAGCAAUUUCAGCUCUUUCACAUUUUAAACGACCUGAUGUGACUGUUGUUGGUACUGAAGUUACAGUACAUUCCUUAGAUGAUCGAGAACCAGUAUCUUUGAAUCUUCAUCAUAUGCCAAUUGGCAUUAACAUGGCUUUGUUUUGUCAAGGAACUUAUAUAGUUCUGGAUCCAACUGAAGCAGAAGAACGAAUAUCUGAUGGCUGUUACAUUAUUGGUAUGAAUGCCCAUCAGGAAGUAUGUUUCAUUCAUAGAAAGGGAAGCUUAUUGCUUCCUGAAGAAACCAUUAAAAAAUGCAUAGAAUUAGCAAUUCGUCGGGCUCAAACUGUGACUCAGACAAUACGUGCAGCCCUUGAUGAUGAUGAAUAUAAAAGAUUAACUAAAGCACCCGUAGGCAUAGUGAAUAUGCUUCAGACAGGUACUAUUUUAGGUGCCAGACAACCUAUCUAUAAUUUUGACUUAAAUUCUUUUAAAACUCCACAGACUGAAGUAGAAAUGGUUGAUGCAGAAGUUAUUACAGUUGAAGAUGGUACACCAGACAGACCAAUUCCAGUUAUUUCUGCUAGUACUUUAGCUGUUAAAGAACAUGCUUUAAGAAUUUUGAAAGAGGGAGAAGCAACUGUUUUUGAGGGAGGAGCUAGUAAAUGGGGAAUGGAGUCGGAAGAAGAAGAAACAUCUUCAGAUGAAAAAGAAGAGCCAUCUGUUCCUGCUGUGAAACAGGAAACAUAUUUGAGUAGUGAAGAAGAAACUGGUUAUUUGGAGAGUGAUCAUAUUGAUGUAAAACCAUCUAGUACUCGUGGCUGGUAUUCUAAGAACCCAUUUUCUUAAAAAUAGCUAUAAAUAAGUUCUACAACAAUUAUUAUAAUUCAAUUUCUGUGAAAUAAAAUUGAUUUUGGCUUUAAAAAAAUUUUUUUUUAGCGUUUGAAGAAUUUCUUAUACAUUUUGAUCUUCAUACAAUGAAACAAAAAGGUAGUAGAGAAAAACCUUUCAGUACUCAUAACUGGUAUUUUAGUAAUUUGCAUUUUACUGUUGGACACGAGUAAAAGGUCGCCAAGUUAAUCUGUGCAAAAAAAAAAGUUGCUAAGAUCUUUGUCAACUUGUAUAUAAACUCAAAGCUUUUCUUUUGCUGGUCUAAAUUAUUUAUUAUUUGGUAACUUUUCACUUGUGCCUGGCUAACUGUAAAGUACCCCAUUUUCUUAACAACUGCAAAAA